CUCACGCCAAAACAAAACUCUGUCUCUCUCUCUCUCUCUCUCUCUGUGUGAGACUUGCUUUCAGUUUCACACAACGAACAGUCUAUUCAAUUUGGUUUCAAAUGUAGAGAGAAGAUACGGAGAGUCGGAGACGAAGGACGGCGAGCUUUUUCCCUUUAGAGAGCGAAUUCUAAGUUCACCGCGAGUUUUUCACCGAGAUUUCGUGCACUCGCUGAAUUUUUCCAUGUCUUCGAGCUUCAGCCCCUCGCGGAGCCCGGGGAGCUCGCGGCUUCAGCUCGGCGGCGUUGGCGGGUUUUCUCGCCUGAGAUCAUCGUCGCUCAAGAAGCCGCCCGAGCCGUUGCGCCGAGCCGUGGCCGAUUGCCUAUCCUCGUCGGCAGCAGCUUCAGGCUCCUCGGCUGCUACGCCGCACCACGGACGCCCCUCGGCUGCGUUCCUCUCCGAAGCUUCUAGAACUUUGCUGGACUAUCUGGCAGCUCCUGCAACAACGGACCUGGCGUACAGUGUAAUUCUAGAACAUACAAUUGCAGAGAGGGAGCGCAGCCCGGCUGUAGUUUCAAGGUGUUUGACGCUUUUAAAAGGCCAUCUACUACGAUACAAACCAAGUGAGGAGACAUUACUGCAGAUAGAUCGGUUUUGUGUGAACACAAUUGCUGAGUGUGAUACUAGUCCUAACCGAAGAUUGUCACCAUGUUCCCGAUCUUUAGAUCAACAAGCAGGCACAUCAGCAGCAUCUAUAAAUAUAUCUCCUUUGCCUGUAUCUAGUUUUGCUUCUGGGGAACUUGUGAAGCGAUUGAAUUAUGUCCGUUCCUUAGUGGCUCGACAUAUUCCAAAACGGUCUUUCCAACCAGCUGCCUUUGCUGGAGCGCCCCCUACAUCAAGACAGUCACUUCCAACAUUGUCAUCUUUAUUGACUAGAUCCUUCAAUUCUCAAUUAAGCCCUGUAAGUGUUGGAGAAUCUUCAGAGCAGAUAGAUGCUACUACUUUACCUGUUUCAAACUUAUCAAUCAUCGAAAAAGUCGAUGAAUUGGUAGAUCAUGAAUACAUCGCACAUGAUGUUCUGGAAUGGCGCUGGCUUGGGGAGCAUCAAUCAUCAUCUUUGCCUGCUGAAAGUGAUCGUGGUGUGAAUCCCCAAGACAGGAGAGCACGUAAUUUCCUAGAAGUUGGUGCAGCAGUAUUACUUGUAGGAGACAUGGAAGCUAAAAUGAAGGACCAACCUUGGAAAUAUUUUGGAACUGCUGAUAUGCCUUAUCUUGAUCAACUAUUGCAGCCUUCGCCAGUAACAACAGCUACCAACUCUGCCUAUGCCCGGCCCCACUUAAGAGCAAUAACAGCAUCUAAACGCACUAAACCAGGGCCUCGUCAAAUUUGGGAGGAGUCUCCUGCAAGCACAUUCCGUCCGAGGGCUCGACAACUCUUCCAGUAUCGACAUUACAGUGAACAACAACCUUUGCGAUUGAAUCCUGCUGAGGUAUGCGACGUCAUUGCUGCAGUUUGCUCAGAGACAUCUUCAACAAAUACUAAUCUCAUGACAAUCUCAUCUAAAUUAAGUAAUAACAGUGGAAAGCCAUCCAUGGACGUGGCUGUGAGCGUCCUUGUCAAACUUGUUAUUGACAUGUAUGUUUUGGAUUCUGGGACCGCUGCUCCUCUAACUCUGUCUAUGCUUGAGGAAAUGCUUAGUUCUCCAAAAGCAGCUUGCAGGGCUCGUGCUUUUGAUUUAAUACUGAAUCUUGGUGUUCAUGCUCAUUUGUUAGAGCCAAUGAUAACUGACACUGCCUCCAUUAUAGAAGAAGAAUAUUCCCAGGAAUCUUAUUUUGACAAUGAAGCCCAACUUACAAUCCAUGGGAAGAGAAAAGCAGAUUCUGUUAAGAAGAUGGGCACUUUCUCAGCUAUCGAUAAUUUUGAAUCUUGGAUUUUAAACAUUUUAUAUGAGAUACUGCUUCUUCUUGUUCAGACAGAAGAGAAUGAAGAAUCUGUUUGGGCAUCUGCUCUAAGCUGUUUACUUUAUUUCGUCAGCGAUAGAGGCAAAAUCUGGAAAAAGCGACUAAAUGGUCUGGACAUAAGGGUGAUUAAAGCACUUCUAGAAACAAGUAGGAAGAAUUCAUGGGCAGAAAUAGUUCAUUGCAAGCUUAUUUCCAUGUUAACAAACAUGUUUUAUCAUGUUCCUGGUGAACCUAAUGAGGCUGCUUCAAGUACUCCAACUUUCCUUAUAGACCAGAUUGAUCUGAUUGGAGGAAUUGAGUUCAUUUUUCUUGAGUAUUCCCUCGCGAACUCAAGGGAAGAAAGGAGAAAUCUGUAUUUGGUACUCUUUGACUAUGUUUUGCAUCAAAUAAAUGAAACAUGCAUAGCUACGGGAGUCAAUGAAUAUAGCGAUGAUGAGAUUCAACCUCUUGCUGUCCUGCUCACUCUUGCAGAUGCGCCUGAAGCAUUCUAUAUAUCUGUUAAGAUUGGGGUGGAAGGCAUUGGGGAGAUUUUGAGAAGAUCAAUUUCUUCUAUGCUGUCCAAAUAUCCCAAUAGUGAAAGAUUAAAUACGCUCAUGGAGAUUGUAGCAGAGAAACUUGAUGCUAUAAUAAGCUCAUUCACUCAUUUAGAUGAAGAGUUCUCCCAUAUGAUGCAAAUAACCAAAUCAUACAAAUUUUUGGAAAGCAUUGAAGAUACAGUUUCAAGAAAUGGUAUUGGCAUGACGGUGAAGCUCUCAUGGGCCAAUUUACAUUCUCUUCUUCAUUCAGAAAGAAUUCCAUACCGCCAGAAUGGUUACAUAUGGUUAGGCGAUUUGCUUAUUGAAGAAAUAAGAGGGAAAAGAGACGCUAGUAUCUGGUCUAAUAUUAAAAACUUGAAGCAGAAAAUUGCGCUUGCUGGUCCUCAUGACUCUUCUGCUGCUUCAGAUGUUCCUUUGCCCAUUUGGCUUUUAUGUGGGCUUUUGAAGUCAAAGCACAAUUUCAUAAGAUGGGGCUUCCUAUUUGUUCUGGAGAGGCUUCUCAUGCGAUGCAAAUUUUUGUUAGAUGACUAUGAAAUGGAGCACUCUAAAAGCACCAAGUUUGGGCAUGCAGAAAAUGAUGGCCGUCUUGAGAAAGCUAAUGGAGUGAUAGACAUAAUGAGCAGUGCUUUGUCCUUGGUGUACCAGAUAAAUGAAACAGACCGAAUCAAUAUUUUGAAGAUGUGUGAUAUACUGUUCUCUCAGUUGUGCUUGAGAGUUCCCACUGCAGCUGCAAUGGCAUAUGGAGAUGAUGUGCACCAAGACAAGACAAUGAAAGAAGCUGACAGCCGAUCCAGCAAUCCUUUAGAUCAUGAGACAGCCUCGAUGGCAGCACUUCUUCUUUGUGGACAUGCCAUUGUUCCUAUGCAGUUAGUGGCACGUGUUCCUGCUGCAUUAUUCUAUUGGCCACUGAUUCAGCUUGCUGGCGCAGCAACAGACAACAUCGCAUUAGGUGUUGCCGUUGGAAGCAAAGGAAGAGGAAACCUCCCUGGUGCCACAUCAGAUAUUCGUGCUACCCUUCUGUUACUUUUAAUUGGUAAAUGUACUGCAGAUCCUGCUGCAUUCCAAGAAGUUGGUGGGGAAGAAUUUUUCAGGGAACUUUUAGAUGAUACUGAUUCAAGGGUGGCAUAUUACUCUUCGGCUUUUCUUUUGAAGCGUAUGAUGUCUGAGAAACCUGAAAAAUACCAACACAUGCUUCAGAAUCUUGUUGUAAAAGCUCAGCAGAGCAACAAUGAAAAGCUGUUGGAGAAUCCAUAUCUUCAGAUGUGUGGCAUACUUCAGCUGGCAAAUGAUUUUGGAACUGGGUUGUAAUAUGAUGAUGUGGUUUUGUGGAACUUCAUAUUCCUUGGCUUGAGGAUGCUGGGUGAAUUGAUGUCACCGUGGAUAGUUCUCGUGAUCUUACAGCAACUGGCAUUAUGUCUGUAACUGGAUAUGCUUGAUUAUGCAGGUGUGGAAAAGUAAUUUUGAAUCUGAUUCACUAAAGUACUUCUAUCUGGCAAAAUAUUGAAUUCAACAUUGGAGUAUGAGGUUUCAACAAAAAAGGAUAAAGUGGCCUAGGUUAUGAGGUUAGCCCAGUUGAUCGUAGAAAAUUCUUUUUGGAGUCUAUUUUGUGCUCCUAGAAUCAGCCAUUAAUUACCAAGGAUUUCUGCAUCGAGAUUACUGGAAAAUGGUGAUCCACAUUGAUGUCUAUGUUCAGUAAAAGAUGUUAAGAUUGAUAUUCAGCUGAAGUUUAGGACUCGAGGUGCUUCAUUGAAUGUAAGCCAGAGCGGUUGUCCAGGAAACUUUUUGGAGCACUUGAUUCAUUGACAUUUUCUGCCUAUCAUCCUACCAGUAGAUGUUGCAUCAAGAGCUUGCUUGUAUCUCAGUUGGUGUUCAUCACAUUAACAGAAGACUUUCUGACAAAUUUUGGAAGAGUACUUGUACAGAAUCAGAUUUCUUUUUAGCCUUCUUUUAUUUCUUUCAUUCUUGAAGGUGACCUUUACACCGUCUUUUUUGUUGGGUAUCCCGAGUAAUAAUACUCGUGCUUGCUAAUUUAGUCUGGGGUUCAUCACCUUGACAGCAAUGAGAAGACUACAGAUCAUGUAUUUUUUUAGUGGAUAGUACACAAUCGGGGCAAGAAUGGUGGAUUGGAUCACAUGUCCAUGAAAUAGGCGGUGUCUGUUUUUAGGGACAUCUCCUAGGCGUGUCUGAUUAUUAUUAUUAUUUUUUCUUUUCUCUUUUGAUCUAUUGUUUUAUUUUUGACUUUGUAAAUACUUGGUAUUUUGUACUUUGUUUUUCUUCUCCAAUUCCCUGGCGACUGUUGUAAAAUGGCUUUUGAGAAAUUCACUUCAUCUAUUAUUUCGAAGGUUUAAUGGGUGUUGAAAAUUUUGCUUCAUGCAUA